AUGAUCAGCUGAGUUGGACUCUCAAGUACUGUUGACAUCCCAGGGCCCAGGGUCCACGUGUUAUGUUGACGAUUUAAGACCGCUAUUCCGUUUUUCUUAGCACUUGGAACUCAACUUCGCCGGACGCCUUUCCGGCAUGUUUUGACUGCCCUUUGCUAGAUUUUACAGCAGAGCGUCUCUUAGCAUAUUUAAGCAUGGGGCAGGAGAAUAUCUUUUUAGGACUCGGCGUUAUUUUGAGCAUCGCUCUACUGAGUGGUGGUCACCAGGGUCUUCCGCCCGGGGUCAACCCUCAGCACUACCAGCAAGGUAUGCAUCAAGUGCCACAGAUGCAACAAGUACCUGUACAGCACCAUCCCCAGCAAGGCGUACCAAUGCAGCAGCAACCACAGAUGCACAUGCAACAACAACAAAUGCAUGUGCCACAACAACAAAUGCACAUGCAACAACCACAGAUGCAGAUGCAGCCCGGCCAACCGCAAAUGCAGCAUGUCCAGCCACAGAUGCAACACCCCCAGCAGCAAAUGCAGCAUGGCCAGCCACACAUGCAGCCAGCUCAUGGCCAUCACCCUGGACAACCACAAGUUUUGAAUGUGGCCAACAUCCAACACGAAAAGGAGCACAUAGCUGAACACAUGGCAGUUCCGAUUGACACGAGUAAAAUGACAGAACAGGAACUUCAAUUUCAUUACUUUAAGAUGCACGAUGCCGACAACAAUAACAAGCUGGAUGGCUGCGAACUCAUCAAAUCGUUGAUCCACUGGCACGCAGAACAGGGCCAUAUCAACGAGGCAUCAGGUCAAAAACCCGCCCAGCCGAAGUCUUUCAAGGAUGAAGAAUUGGUAAACCUCAUUGACCCAAUACUCUCACUGGAUGACACUAAUAGCGACGGUUUCAUUGAUUACCCGGAAUUUGUGAGGUCUCAACAAAAAGCUGCAGCCUCUGCAGGAACACAUUAGAUUGAUUAGUAAUUCAACUUUCAACUGGGAGAAUAGACUUAAAAGCCUUCACAAAAAAUCUACUUAAAUUUAAAGGAAAAAUUACUUUAGCCUAGUUUUUAAAUAAGUAUAUAAAUUUCGAAAAAAACAUGUACAUAUGUAUCUUUCUUUUUUCAUUUUAUAAGAAUAAUCAGAGGCUGUAUAUAAUGUGUUAUGUGUCCCUCUGAAAUUGUUUUAAAUAUAUUUAACAUUGUAAUCUUAUUUAAGUCAAAAGGGUGUCUGGGUUUGUAAUUAAAUUUAAAUAUUGGGGCACAAAAGCUCACAUAUAUUGAUAAUAAGAAAAUAAGUCUUGAGUGAUCAACUACUGAAAGUGAAUGGGUAACAAAUAAAUUAUUUGUAUGGUUGUGCA